AUGUCCACUAUCCAGACCCAAUCUCACGUUGUGGCUCGUUUAAUUCCUCAAAAUUUGUAUGCGAGACAAGCACAUGAAGAACUCCGGGAAUCCGACGUUGUUCAAAAACACUACAAAACACUUUUACGUUGUCAAGUACCCGAAGGUGAUAAUGCUGCCAUUCCCAGAGCGCCAACUCAACUCGAUGAUCCCGAUAUGUUGCAUGACUUUGGGGAUAAUUGGAGAUCCACCCUGAUGACGAUGACAAUCCGUCCUUUGCACAGUCGCCUAGCUUUGAAGGUGGGUAUGGAACCAUUGAGUUAG